GCUUCACUCCGCUCCGCGAUCAUGGCUGCACCGGACCUCAACAGCCAUGUUUGCUAAUUUAAAACCCAAAGGUUAGGGAAUACUUGUUUCUAAUUUAUCGCUGUGUCAUCUUCAUCCACCGCAUACACGUUAACACGGAGGGAGCUUAAAACCGCCUGCGCCCCCGGAACCCCGACGACUAAACGGGAGGAAAAAAAAGAUGGACUCAAAUAAUCAUUUCAACUAUGGCACCUCAACAAACUCAGGACUGAAACUCUCCUCAGGGGAUUCUCUUUAUACUAACGGGUCCUCCAUGAGUUUUCCUCAGCAGGGGAAGAACCUGAAUGGCGAAAUGAAUGUGAAUGGCGUCACUACUGUACUCGGGUCGAGCGUGCCGCCCGGUCCCAACCCCCCAGCCGCCCCCUACCCGCACAUGAGCGGCCACCACCAGGGCGGCGGCAGCUACGACUACCUGUGGGGCGGGCGGCCUCAGUACGGCCCGGGCAUGGGCACGUCGUCGGGGCAGGGCGCCCACCAGAAGCAGCCGGCGCCCGGGAUCGGACAGUCCCAGCCGCCGCAGCAGCAGCAGCACCACUUCCAGAGUCACGGACAGUACCAGCUGAACGGGGCCGCCGAGGCGUCCGGCCAGCCCGCCGCGGCAGGCCAAGCGAGCAUUCCUCUGACGGGCAGCAGUCAGUACUGGAGCCGGAGUAACCCCGGCCCGCAGCAGAUGAGCUACAAUCCCCCCAGCGUGUACGGGACCUUCCAGAGUCAGUCUCAUCCUGGCCUUCCACCUUCCCCACAUCACCAGCAGCAGACCUUACAGCAGCCCCUUCUCUCCCACCAUCAGCCUCACCAUCACCACCAGCAGCAGCCGCCACAGCAGCAGCAUUAUAGCAUGAUGACGAACGGGAUGCCCUUCUACCAGCAUCAGGCCCAGCCCCCCUCGCUGCCAUCUCCCCAGCAGCAGCCGCCGCCGCCGCGCUCCCAGGCUCACGUCAUGCCCCCGGUCGCCCAAAACUUCUCUCCUCCACGCGGCAGCCCGCAGCAGCAGCACAGCUUAGGUAGAGGGAGCAGCGGCAGCCCCCUGUCCGCAGGGAUGUCCCAAACACCGGUUGUCUCGCCACCGAUUCAGGACAGCGGAUCACCCAAAGGUCUCGGCAGAGAUCGAAGCCCCCACACUACCGGCGCAGGGAUGUCCUCUCCACUACAAGGACUUUCCCGGGAAGCUGUCGGUGAGGUCGACGCGAGCCUUCCUGGCCACGAAAGAUCCCCCGUAGUCCAGAGGUCACCAAAGACCGACGGUUACCAACUCAAACCUUCUGCGCCUCACGCGAGUCCUCAGGGCGAUUAUCGUCAAUAUUCAGAUCACCCAGCGGCUCCGCAUCCAGAAGUCAGAGACGCGGUCGUUUCCUCACAUCUCCAACAUGUUUCGGCAUCAAACGCAGGCGCCGCUGCGUCUCUCACCAAGGCGUCUGCAUCUCCAGGCGUCUCUCCGGCGUCAGCCUCCGCGCCUCCUGCGGUUUCAUCCGGCGACGCGGACGUGCCCUUUCCGACAUCCCCCGCUGCUUCUUCCAGGAUUUCCUCGCCUCCUCUUCUAGUUCAAGGCCUGAGGUCUCCUCCUUCUUCUCGAGCGUCUGAAACAUCUGCUCUCGGAUUCAAGCGUCCGCCACAGGGGCUCUCUUCCUCUCUGCCUCAGUCCCACUCAAAGCUGUCACACGAGAGCGCGUCUAAACCAGGAGCCGUUCCUCCAGGCCACUCGGCCUCGUCAUCCUCUGCGUCUUUGGUCGAUCAAACGAAGUCACUUCCACCUCCUGCUUGUAUUUCCCCCGCCGCCGUGGCGUCCGUCGCUUCUCUCUCGGCCUCUCUGGGGAUUCAGAUGGCUCAUGGGUCCAAGCCUUCUGCCAGCAGUGUAUACGGAGGUCAGCACGAAAUACCUGCUCCCCCGAGGUUGAUAUCCGCUCCUUUGUCCUCUCCCGGCGUGGCUUCUUGUAUGAGUUCAGCCUCUGCCCCUUCAGCGUCAGCGUCACACACCCCCAGUUCGUCGACGUCCGCUGCAGGAACCUCUUCCGCCGGCAGUAAGCUCCCUGAACCAACUUCAGCCUCGCAGCAUCAGAAACGCUCCCCUCCAUCCGUCGACACAAGUCUCUCCGCUGCGUUUGCAGCGUCGACGCCGCCAAGGCUGGUGAAGGCCCCCUCCCUCGCCGCCCAGACCGGCUCUCCAGCCCGACCUCCGUUCGCCCUACCUCUUGCAACCACUCAAGCCUCCAGGACCGCGCCUUUGUCCAGCCCCCCCGCCUUGGUGUCCAAGCCUGCAGCGACGGGUGCGUCUUCUAGAGCUGUCGGAAACGCCGACACCGAGCCGCGGCCCCCAAACCCCGCGGCUCUUUCCGCGCUGAUGCAGUCGCCCCUGAAGUCAGAGCACCGCGUUCCCAGCGAGGACAAGAGGCCGGUGGAAAACAGCAGAAACAGAGAACCGGAGGAAGACCUGACCCGGCCCUUUACUGAUCCACCUGGCAAAGCGUCACACACCACCGAACAAAAUCUCAGAAAGGCGUCAGCAGGUUUGGAGAAGCCCCACGCAAUGAGCGGCCUCCUCUUAGAGGACGCCGACUCUCCCGUGGCGUCCACUCCAGUCGCAAAGCCGCCGCAUCUCAAAAGCACAAAGUUCCAACACAGAACCAGCGAGCGAAGCUUCGAAGACUCUUCCGACGCUGCCAGUUAUUACGAAGACAAAUCGACGUACGACACUCCCUCCGGCCUCUGCCUCAGCUCCGUCUUAGAAACGAGCUCCGGCUCCUUUCUGGGCGAGUCCACUUACUUCGACAGCUCUCGGUUUGACAACACGUCGUGUCCCGAGGAGGAGCGGUCUGCCACGUUCGACAGCUCCGGAGACGGCAGCCUCUCGGCGGAGGACUCCAGAGACGACGCCGUGGAGUCGACCAGGGAGGAGGAAACCUCCGAGGCGGACGUGACGAGGAACAGCAGCCAGAUUACAGGAGGCUCCAUGCUUGAGUCUUCCCUAAAUACGACGGCUGAGACCGGAGAACCUCCUGUUGGAUCAUCUCAACCGGUUCUUCAGGAUUCUGUAGGCGACUGGGAACCCCGUGGACACGAUGCGCCGGACUCGUCUGGACACGCCCACCGCAUCAAGAGCAACGCUAACGACCCCACAACCCCGGGUGUCACCGCGAGAGAGGACGGCUUUCUCAGCUCUGAUACGCCAGUAGGAGGCGCCGCGCCGCAGCCAAUCCAACCAGAGAGCGAGCAGGCCGGGGCCACCGCAGCAGAUCCUGUCAGAACCACGGGGAAACCCCGCAGAGCUCGAGCUGCAAGGGCAACGGCGAUUACCCCUGCAGCUCCAGGGGAGAACUUGCGAAGGCCUCGGGUUCGAACGCCAAAAGCCGAGAAGGUGAAGGCCGACGAAGCUGGAGGGAAUAAAGUGGAGGGAGCAGCGGGCAGAAAGAGGAAGAAAUCUCUCAAGGUUGACGCCAAAGAAACGUGCGAGGCGUCCGGGGAGCCUGGCUCUCUGGCGCAGGAGGUCGACCCAAUAAUGGCCGCCAUCGACGCCGUUCUGGCCAACACGUCCGCCCUCAGCACAGCAGCGGAGAAACCCAAGAAAAUGAAGCGGGUCAGAAAACAAGACCAAGAGGCGGCAGGUCCCCAGAAGGGAGACGCGGAGGCCGGCGCCGAUGACGACCACGACGACGACAGCUCCACCGCAGGUGAAUCGAACAGAAGGAGGGUCGCAACAGAAGAGCAGGUCCAGUUCCCGCUGCAGCACGGUUGGAGAAGGGAGAUUCGCGUGAAGAAGCUAGACAACCGCAUGAAGGGUGAGACUUGGUAUUACACUCCAUGUGGAAGGAGGAUGAAGCAGUUUCCAGAAAUUAUCAAGUACCUGAAGAAACACCCGGACGACGUGGUCUCCAGAGAACACUUCAGCUUCAGCCCACGCAUGCCUGUUGGAGACUUUUACGAAGAGAGGGAAACUUCUGAGGGCUCAAAGUGGAUCCUACUAGCUAACGAGGAAAUCCCGUCAAUGAUCAUGGCCAUCACCGGCCGGCGGGGUCGACCUCCAAACCCCGACAAAGAGAAACCUCGACGGGUUGCUGGCCUGAGAGGAGGACAAGCUCGCCGCCCGGGCAGACCUCCGAAAUUCAACGCCGUCGACCUUCUCAGCAAAGUUGAUGCCAAGCUGCUAAAGCGACUCGAGGCCAAGGAAGCCCUCACAGAGGAGGAAAAGGAGAAACUGGCAAAAAUCAAAAAGAAAAUGAAAAGAAAGGCCAGAAUGAAGAGAAAGGAGGAUUUAAAGAUUAAGAAGAUGAAAGAGGAGAAAAAGAAAGCCAAGCUCGAGCAAGACAGCAAGCUCCUCGAAGGGAUCGCUGAAGCGGCAGAUCCGGCCGCGCCACAGCUCGCGCGUCUGGAGACCGCCGCAGAGCCCAAAAAGCCCGGCCGCAGGAGAGCAGUCAAAGCUGAGGCCGCCACACCCCCCGUCCAGCAGCCGUCCGAGGAGAAGGUGGCCCUGAGUAACAGGGCGGGGAGCGCUCGGAGCAAAGCCAAGGCCUUGGCUAAAGCCCAGGCAGAGGCGGAGGCGGCGGCUCAGGCCGCCCUGGCAGCCAAGAGGGCGGCGGAGAGGAGAGCGCUCGCCCAGAGGCGUCUGGAGGAACGCAAGCGGCAGCAGCUGAUCGCAGAAGAGCUGAAGAAGCCCACAGAAGACAUGUGUCUCACUGAUCACAAGCCUCUGCCAGAGCUGUCCCGCGUUCCCGGUUUGGUGCUUUCUGGAACGGCGUUCGCACACUGCCUGGCUGUGGUGGAGUUCCUGCACGGCUACGGGAAGAUCAUUGGCCUCAACGUGCCGAAGGACAUUCCCAGCCUUUCCACGCUGCAGGAAGGGCUGCUGGGUCUGGGCGACAGCCAAGGGGAAGUCCAGGACCUCCUUAUAAAGCUGGUGGAGGCGGCGCUGCACGACCCAGGCCUGCCCUCUUAUUAUCAGUCAGUGAAGAUACUUGGGGAGAAGCUGGUGGAUUUGGAGCUGACCCGCAGCACAGUCUCCGAGGUUCUCCGCGUCUAUUUGGAGUCCCACGGCUACGAGACCGAAGUGUGCAACACGCUGAGGACCAAAACGUUUCAUGUCCUGCCUCCUGACACCAAGGCGGCCAUCCUGAGUUUCAUGGUGGAAGAGCUGAACGGCAGCAGCGUUGUGACGAGUGACAUUGACAACACGCUGGAGAACAUGACAACAUACAGGAAGAAUAAAUGGAUCAUCGAGAGAAAACUCCGCAAACUGAAAUCGGUGUUGGCACGUCGCACGGGACGCUCGGAGGAGGAGUUGUGUUUCGAGGAGAGGAGGCGCAGCGCCAGAGUCGCAGAGGAGGAGAACUUUAGCCUGGAGGAGAGCAGCUUGGGGCUGGAGAGAGGAAACAGGCGCGCGCGCAAAGAAGAGCCCAAACUCAGUGAUAGCGAGAGCCCCACCACUGCCAGCAUCCCUGAGCUGGAGAGGCAGAUAGAUAAGCUGACGAAGCGUCAAGCGUUCUUCCGUAAAAAGCUGCUGCAGUCGUCUCAUUCCAUGCGGGUGGUCAUGCUGGGUCAGGACCGUUACCGCCGCAGAUACCUGGCCCUUCCUCACCUCGGAGGAGUUCUGGUGGAGGGACCCGAGGAGCUGCUGACUUCAGGAGAAGCCUUUGUUGCCGAGGUGCCCGUCACAUUCCUCAAAAAGGAGCCUAAAGUUGAAGAGGUGCCGGCGCCGACCACUCCACCCCCUGCGCCCCUCCCUGAUCCGGCUUCUACUCAAUCUUCUGCCCCCCCAAGCCAAACUGCUGUGGAAGACGACCCCCUCCCCGGCACCGCGUCCCUCAUGAGCACGCAGCGAAGCCGCGGACGCCCCCGAAAAAUCAAGCCGGAAGUCGAGCUCCACCUGCGCACGGCGAAGAUCCGGCGCCGGCGCCGCAGCAGCGUCAGGUCUGUGGGAGAAGAGGGGCCGGGGUCGCCGAACGGCGGUUCGCUAGACCUCACGCAGGCCGCCUUUAAGAGCUGGCUGAGCCAGUCUCAGGACGUCAUGACCAACGGCACCAGCCCAGCAGCCGGGGAGGCUCCCGAAGGCGAGAGCGUCAAAGAGAUGGCGGAGAAACAAGGACAGUGGUUCAACCUUCUCCCCAAGCAGCCGUGCGACGACGAAUCUCUGACUGAGCCCCAGGCGCCCGCCUCACCGAGCUCGCCCCCCAAACUUCUCCCUCAGAUCCCGAGCGCUCUGCCUGCCCUCGCCGCUCCCCUCAUGCAGCACGACCCGCUCCUGCCUACUUUGUCCCCCGCUGACCCGGUGACUACGGCGGCGCCGCAGGACGUCCCCCCGACAGACCCCACCGCUACCGCCGGACCACCACCUGCUCCCCCAACAACAUCCCCGCCUCUGCUAGUCGCCGUAGCUCCGCCCCCAGCUCCGCCCCCAGCCGCGCCCGCUACCCCUGGAAGGCCGGGCCGCAGGCGGAGGAGAGGCAGCAGAGGCAGCAGCCCCGCCCGCAGGGGGCCCCGCGGAGCAGCAGCCAAACGCCGAGGCCGCCCCCCCAACGCCGUGUUCCAGGAACUGGAGCAGCAGUAUUUUACACAACUGGUGGUGAAGCCCAUACCAGCAUCAAUGGUCCGCGGCUGGUGGUGGAUCAAGGAACCGGAGGAACUUUACAGCACGUUGCAGUCGCUUCAUCCGAGGGGCAUCAGGGAGAAAGUCCUCCACAAGCAUUUGGCCAAACACAUGGAGAGCUUGGCGGAGAUGUGCACCAAACCCAUGAACGAUCCGAUAUUUGAUCUGAAGACCGAGGACAAAGACGUGCUGCUGGAGGCCCUGCAGCAGCCCUGGCAGGUGCAGGAGAAGGCGAUGGAGGUGGAUGUCGGCGCCCUCCAGUGGGUGGAGGACCUGGAGCAGAGGGUCGUUGCUGCUGACCUACAUUUGAAGGCACCUCCUCAGGGCGCCCUUAACGAGGCCGAGGGCCACACAGAAACACCCGUGACCGAAUUCCAGCCUUACACCAUCCCAGAUCCAGACUCCACGCGCGACGACCUCCAGUACUACGAGCACGACGUGGACCCCCGCGACGACUGGAUCGUGCGCACCAAGAAGGAGUGGUCCGGUCUGCCCCGCAUCGCCACGCACCCGGUGGACCUGGCCGUGCUGCGGCUCGCCAACCUGGAGAGGAACAUCGAGCGGCGCUACCUGAAGGAGCCGCUGUGGAACCCGUCUGAAGUGAUGCGCCUCGCUCCCCUCACGCCGACCCCCGGAGAGGAGCUUUCGCUAGACGUGUUCAGUCUGGAGAGUGAAAUCACCUCGCGGCUCCGGACGUGGCGGCAGGCUCUGGACCGCUGCCGCAGCGCGCCGCAGCUCUGUCUUUGCUUAUUGCAGCUGGAGAAGGCCAUUGCUUGGGAGAGAUCCGUUACAAAAGUGACCUGCCAGGUUUGCAGGAAGGGGGACAACGAUGAGUGCCUGCUGCUGUGCGACGGCUGCGAUCGAGGCUGCCACAUGUACUGCUUGAAGCCCAAGAUCACCCAGAUUCCUGAAGGGGACUGGUUUUGUCCAACUUGUGUCCCUAAGAUGGAAGGCGAGUCGCCGGGUUCGUCCAAAAAGCGCACCAGGACGAAGAAGAGGAGGUACGAGGAGGACAGCUCCGAGGACGAGACCACGAGGCGACGCAGCGCCGGCAUGGCCACGCGACACAAGGAGACCCCCGCCCCCUCGUCCUCCACCCGUACCUCCGGAGAAGGAGGCGGCAGUAAGCGGCGGCGCAUGAUGACACGCAACCAGCCAGACCUCACCUUCUGCGAGAUCAUUCUGAUGGAGAUGGAGGCUCACGCAGACGCCUGGCCUUUCCUCGAACCCGUCAACCCCCGACUGGUGCCGGGCUACCGCCGCAUCAUCAAGAACCCCAUGGACUUCCUCACCAUGCGAGAGAGGCUGCUGCAGGGAGCGUACUGCAGCUGCGACGAGUUUGCGGCGGACGCUCAGCUGGUCUUCAACAACUGUGAGCUGUUCAACGAGGACACGUCGGAGGUGGGCAUGGCGGGGCACUCCAUGAGGCGUUUCUUUGAGAGCCGCUGGGCGGAGUUCUACUCAAACAAGGACAAAUAGGAGCCUGCGGCGGUUUCCCUUAAGGGCGGCGCUGUAGACUGUUGGUGCUCUGCUGCCCCCCCCCUCACCCCACCACCACCACCACCAGUACUGCUAAGACUGCCUGGAGUCCUGCUCCAGCCCCGUGUAUUAUCUCAUGUAUAGGUAUAUAUGUAUAGGUUUUGGCUCGUUGUCUGUUAUCGUUUCCUCGACAGGUCCAAUCUUUUCUACAAGCAUUCCCCCUUCAGGGCGACGCCGCGUCCCCUCGUCUUCACCUCCCGGCACCUCCUCUCUCUCUCGUUCGUCCUGUCGCGUCUCAUCACGAGCUUCUCCGUCACUCACACCCGCAUCCCGUCAUCUCCCACCAG